GGCCUCUCGGGCGGGCGCGCCGGGCGCUGAGGUGCUGGUGUUUGUGGCGCCCGCGGGCCGGCGGCUGAGGCGGAGGCUGGCGGUCGGGAUGCCCGGGCUGCCCGCCGCCCCCGAGCAGGGGCGCCCGGAGCCGAGCGCGCCGCGCCCGCACACGGGCUUCGUGCUGGGGCUGGACGUGGGCAGCUCGGUGAUCCGCUGCCACGUCUAUGACCGCGCAGGGCGGGUCCGUGGCUCCAGCGCCCAGAAGGUCGUAAGUCUUUGUCCUCAAAUUGGCUGGGUUGAAAUUGAUCCUGAUGUUCUCUGGCUUCAGUUUGUUGCUGUAAUAAAAGAAUCUGUCAAAGCUGCAGGAAUAGAGAUGAAUCAAAUUGUUGGCCUUGGCAUUUCAACACAGAGAGCAACUUUUAUUACAUGGAACAAGAAAACCGGAAAUCAUUUUCACAACUUCAUUAGUUGGCAAGAUCUGAGAGCUAUUGAACUUGUAAAAUCUUGGAAUAGUUCUCUCAUAAUGAAGCUAAUACACAGUUCCUGCCGAAUGCUUCACUUUUUCACUAGAAGUAAACGAUUUUUAGCAGCCAGUUUGUUCACUUUCACAACCCAGCAUGUUUCUUUGAGAUUAUCCUGGAUUUUACAGAACCUGGUUGAGGUACAAAAGGCAAUUGAAGAAGAAAAUUGCUGCUUUGGGACUAUUGAUACGUGGUUGUUACAUAAGCUCACAAAAGGUUCUGAAUUUGCCACGGAUUUUUCAAAUGCCAGUACCACUGGACUUUUUGACCCUUAUGAGAUGUGUUGGAGCAGCUUCAUUACUUCUCUGCUUUCAAUACCACUCUCUCUCCUGCCUCCUGUGAGGGAUACAAGCUUCAAUUUUGGAUCCGUGGAUGAAGAGAUAUUUGGUGUGCCUAUACCAAUAAUGGCCUUGGUGGCCGACCAGCAGGCAGCCAUGUUUGGAGAGUGCUGCUUCCAGACGGGAGAUGUGAAGCUGACCAUGGGGACUGGGACGUUUCUGGACAUCAAUACUGGAAGUAACCCUCAACAGAAUGUUGGAGGUUUUUAUCCGUUGAUUGGAUGGAAGAUUGGACAAGAGGUUGUAUGCUUAGCUGAAGGCAAUGCAGGAGACACUGGUACUGCCAUAAAAUGGGCUCAGCAAUUAGAUCUUUUCACAGAUGCUUCUGAGACUGAAAAAAUGGCCAAAAGUUUGGAAGAUUCUGAAGGGGUUUAUUUUGUUCCGUGUUUUAGUGGUUUGCAGGCUCCAUUAAAUGACCCCUGUGCAUGUGCCUCUUUUAUGGGUUUGAAGCCUUCCACUAGUAAAUACCAUCUUGUACGAGCAAUAUUGGAGUCCAUAGCUUUCAGAAACAAGCAAUUAUAUGAGGUGAUGCAGAAAGAGAUCCAUAUUCCCGUGACAAAAAUCCGGGCAGAUGGAGGAGUUUGUAAGAACAGUUUUGUCAUGCAGAUGACUUCAGACCUGAUUAAUGAGAAAAUAGACAGACCUGUUCACCUGGAUAUGUCGUGCCUCGGUGCAGCUUCUCUAGCGGGCCUUGCUGUUGGGUUUUGGACUGACAAGGAGGAACUAAAGAAACUGAGACAAAGUGAAACAGUUUUCAAGCCACAGAAGAAAUGGCAGGAAUAUGAAAUGAGUAUGGAAAACUGGGUGAAGGCAGUGAAACGCUCCAUGAAUUGGUAUAACAAGACAUAGCACCAAACAGAAUGGCUGAAACCACAGAUGGCUGCAUGUGACAUGCAGAUGAGACAAGCUCAGGAAUGCCAAUACAAUGGGGACUGAGAGAUUUAAAAUGAGCUUUGCAACUGGAGAGAAAAAACACUGAUUUUUUUUUAAAACAACAAUAAACUAAUUUUUUAAAACCUCCAAUUUUUUUACCCAAACCUUGGAAAGAUUCUAAGGCAGCAGUACCUCAAAACUUUCUAUCUUCUGUUUUGUAGCAAAAUUCCAAAGGACAUUAAUCAUUAGAAAUCAUAUUUUAACAGUUAAUAAGUCUUCCUUUUUAAAAUACUAGGUCUAUGGUACAUAUGAACAUAAUUUUUUACUAUCCAAAUCAAUAGUUCUAGAUCAAGAUCAUUCACAUUUUGUUCCAAAAUUAUAUGAAAAGUAUUCUAUAUGUAAAAAAAGAAUAACUGAAGAAUUGUGGAAUUUUGAAACAUUAAUAUUUUUUUAAAGCCAUAAUUAUUCAAUGUUGUAUCCAAAUACAAGCUCGAUGUGUUUAUCUCGGAUAAGCUUGUUAGUCAGUUUUUCUUUAUUGAGUUUAAAGUCACUGCCUUAAUUUUUCCUUGUUUAGUCAAUACCCGAGCAUUAUUUAUAUAUUAAAAAUACUGAAACUUAGGGUAUUGAUUCCUAUGGAACAAGAAAAUACUAUAUUUUUCUUCUUAAAUAGUAUUUCUUUCAAAAAUUUCUGGCUAAAGUAUAACAUCCCAUUAAAAAAACACACAUCAAAAUGUAGGUAUUAAGUAUAAAUCUUGUCUUCUGUUUUUGUUUUUAAUCUUUCUUAGUUGUUGAGAUGUCUGCAUAAAUGUCAUUUGUUUUUAUUAAGUGCCUAAUUGACAGAGCUUACUUUGAAGAAAGUGCCCUAAUUUACCAGUGACAUAAUAAUGGCUUUCAUUGGGUAUUUUACUUGUCCAGUUAUCUUUUUAAUUUUGGUCUGUCUUUUCCUCUCUGAGACAUGCAGGGGUAGCGGCAGAAGUCCGAGAUGCACUGAGAAGAGCAAGACAGUUCUCUGUUCUCCAGCUUUCUUGAUAGAAGAGUAGAGGGGUGAGCGUUGUGAGUAGCUUCAGGCCAGGAGUAAAAUUGCCUUAAGGCAGUUGAUCACCUUCCUUCUCUCAGAUGAUUUGCCCCUCCUUACUUUUGGGCUAGGUUCCUGUUAGAUUGGCGGCGGUGAUGAGAUUCACUUCCCUACCGGUCGGCUUUAUCACAUAAAGUCCCAAGCCUAGCUGUUUAAUAAUAAUGUAAUUGUAGAAGUGACUGUUACAGGAAAUUU